CAGUAUUCACCUCAAAACCCCCCCUUCCCUUUUUUCUCCACUUUCACUGCAUUUACUCUCACCCUCUCACACUUCAACAAGUCUCUGAUUUCUUCUCUUUUCAUAGAUCUUUCUUUCAAUUCAUUCCAAACAGCGCUGAAGAAAUGACUAAAGAUGAAGACUUUAAGCACCUCAAGAUCCAGACAUGUGUGCUCAAAGUUAACAUACAUUGUGAUGGGUGCAAGCAGAAAGUGAAGAAGAUUCUUCAAAGAAUUGAAGGUGUUUACCAGGUGAGCAUUGAUGAUGAGCAGCAGAAAGUGAGUGUUGCAGGGAGUGUGGAGGCUCCCACACUGAUCAAGAAACUGGUUAGGGCUGGGAAACAUGCUGAGCUAUGGGGGAACCAGAAGGGUAACCAAAACCAGAAGCAAAAACCAAGCAAUGGGAAUGAGGCAAAGAACAAUAACCAGCAAAACAACACUGCCCAGAAGCAGCAGAAACUUAUGAAGGAUCUUGAGGCUCUGAAGAGCCAAUUCUUGCCAGAAUUGGAGUAUGAGAUGGGGGAGGAGGAGGAAGAGGAAGAGGAUUGUGGCGGGGAGGAUUUACGGUUUUUGAAUAUGAAUAAGCUUUCCCAGCAGCAGAUGGCUUUGCUUAGGCAACAGACAGCUGAGGUUAACAAUGCCAAGAAUCUUGCAGGUGUUAAUAAUGGUGGGAGAUUGAACAAUGGGAAUAAGAAGGGAGGAAUCUCAAUCCCAAUCCCAAAUCAGAAUGUGGGAAUGAAGGGGAAUUGUCCAGGAGGGAUUGAUGAGAAAACAAUGGCUGCUUUGAGGAUGAAUCUUGGGGGGGAGGGGGGGAAGAUGGUGGGAGGAAAUGACAUAAAUGCCAUGAUGAAUCUUGCUGGCUUCCAUGGGAACAAUGGGGGUAACAAUGUCAACAACCCUGCUGUCCUCUUAUCCCAAGCCAACAAUCCAAACCCAAACCCCAAUCCCAAUCCUAACCCCACUUCUGGUUUCCAUCACCACCUGCUCCAACAACCAAACCAAACCAAUCUCAUCCAAGGGCAAAAUGGUAAUUUCCCACCUUCCUCACCAAUGCUGAUGAACAUGAAUGGAUAUCAUCCUCUCCACCCCCAAGCCUCUAUGAUGAUGAACAUGCAGAACAGGCAUGCUGCUAUGCAGCAAGCUCAGAUGAUGUACAAUAGGUCUCCUUUCAUCCCUCCCUCCACUGGCUACUAUCACUACAACAACUAUGGUCAAAGUCCAGUCCCAUACCCCCCCACCUAUGUGGACCCCACUGCUGACCACUCUGCUACCCACAUGUUCAGUGAUGAGAACCCAAGCAGCUGCUCAGUUAUGUAAUAACAUAUAAUGCCCUUUUAACUAUGGGAAUUUGUGAAAAACCAAAAGACAAAAACCUAAGUUUGGGGUUAUAUUAGGUUGCUGCUUUUAGUUUCUUGGAAUGUUUUGUACCAUUGUGGGAAUGGAAGUGCAUGGUCUUGAAAGAGAGGAGUCUUUUAGUGUGACACUCUCUCUAAUGUAGUUUUAAUGUUUUUUGUGUGUAAUUUCAGUUGCUAACAUAGGAAGUGGUAAUUGUUCUCCCCCA